AUGGCUUCGUCGACGCUCCGCCCCCACCGCUCCCCAUCGCCCACGCCGCCGGCGGCCCCGGCCGUCGUCAACCCUUCCAACCCCGCCAAGCUCAUGCGCCAGUCGCUCGGCCCUCCUACUACCUCAGGAAGCGCGUCCGCAGCCCGUGGUUUCGGUCUCGGACAGGCGCCGCAGGGAGCCGGUGGCCCCCUCUCCCAAGGCCGCCACGUCUCGACUUCGGGCGUGAUGCUGGGUCUCGGCGGUUUGAGCAGCAGCAACCGCGACUCGCUCUCCCCCAGGCCUAACAUGGGUGGCAGCCGCACCGUCUCGGCCGCGCCGGGACGUCCCUCGUCGGAAUUCCUCCCCACUGGCCGCGAGUCGGCUCGUACCCCCGAGGCUGAGCAGAUUGACCAGUGGUUCAAGCACCUCGCCUCCUGGGAGGCUACCCUCGAGGAGAUGGCCGCUGCGAGCACGGACCAAAACUUCACCGAGGAGCUGAGUGCCAUCGAGCAGUGGUUCCGCGUGCUCUCCGAGGCCGAGCGUACGGCUGCUCUCUACUCGCUGCUGCAACACUCGACUCCGGUCCAGAUCCGCUUCUUCCUCAGCGUCCUGCACCACAUGGCCCAGGCCGACCCCAUGGCGGCGGUUCUGUCGCCUACCCCGGCUGGUCCCCCUUCCAUGCAUGCUCAGAUGGAGUCCAAGCUUGCUGGUAUGGGUCUCAAGUCGCCCUCGGCUGGCGGCGGCACGGGCUUCACUGGCUCGCCCACCGCCAACCACUACCUUGCCCCCGAGUCGGCGCUCGAGUCGUCGGUUGCAAAGGCCAAGGUUCUCCGUCAGAACCGUAUCUCUGCGCCUGGCACCCUUACCUCAUCGUCCGAGGCGCGCUGGUCGAGCCAGCUCGACCAGGUUAUUGAGCGCGGUCCGUCCCCGGGUCUUGACGACGCCAGCGUCCGCUCUCGCUCCCCGCAGCCUGACAUUCGCCCCAAGAGCACCGACUUCUCUGGCGGCGCCGGUGGCCACGAGCCUGGCUCGUACGGCUCGCGCUCGACCACCCCCCGCCUUAGCACAGGUCCUGGUGGCCUUGGCCUUGGCCACCCCAGCGAGGUGUCGCCUGGUGCCACCUCGCCGCUGGUGCCCUCGGGCUCAUGGGCGUCCAUGGUCAACACGCCUAUUGCCCCGAUGUUUAAUACCGACAAGGACUCUGUUAAUGCCAUCAGCUCGCUCGCCAACCUGCAGUUUGCCGCCGGUGCCGCUGCUGCCGCCAACCGUGUCCAGCUGGACGAUGCCCGCAAGUACCGUCGCCCUACCGGCGGCAGUGCCGUGUCCCAGAGCCGCAACGUUUCGGGCAUCUCGAACGCUGGCAGCUACGGUGGCCACGACGACGAUGGCCGCACCUCACCUUACCCCGGUGGUGGUGGUGGCGGUGGUGGUUUCGGCGGCUGGGGUGCGGGCUCGCGCAGCGGUGGUGACUACACGUCGCUCGGCCUUGGCGACCCCGUCUCUCUGGGAGCUCUUAGCAUGAACCUCGCCAACCUCAACAUGGGUGGCAACCCGCUUGCGUCGCCCAACGCCGCCCACCUCCAGAUGCUCGCGGUCGCACAGGCUCAGGCUCAGAUCUCACAGGCUGCUCAGGCCGCUCAGGCUGCUCAGGCUGCCCAAGCUGCUCAACUGGGCGGUUACGGCUACCCCUCUGGCCAGUCGACUCUCAGCGCACCCCGUGCCAACCGUAUCCCCUCGGGUCGCCGCUCGCCCAUGCUUGGCGGCGGCCACGGCCACCCAGGCAAGUCGCCCUCCCCCGUGCCCAUGGCGCAGGGCCAGGGUGGUGGUGCUGGCGGCGGCGCUGGUGUGGCCGGUCCCGACGACGUGGACAUUAAGAUCCUGGACGACGUCUCGAGCUGGCUCCGUGUGCUCCGUCUCCACAAGUACACGACCAACUUUGAGCACUCGAACUGGCGCGACAUGGUCCAGAUGACAGACCAGGACCUGCAGGACAAGGGUGUUGCUGCCCAGGGUGCCAGGAGCAAGUUCCUCAAGGUCUUCUACAACGUCCGCACCACCGCAGGCUUGCCGCACCCGCCUGGAUCGGAGCAGUGGGCCCCCGGUGCCGACGGCAAGGACAAGGAGGACAAGUGA